CUUGGAUGCUAUAACUACAAGUGUUAAGGCUAUUGUACUGUAGCCUGUAUUUGUGGGAGGAAUAACUGUCCCUUUAAUAACAAUUGGGACCUCACCCACCAGUAACAUCCUCAAAGCGUGCCCCACCCUACCGACCCUUGUUUUUCAUUUUCAUUCUCUCAUCCUUACCAUCCCAAAGGGUAUGCCCCCUUUAGGCAUAUUUACCCUGCGGCAGCUGGGGCACAAUUCAAGCUGCUUUGCUCCAUAUAUAGGGUCAUAUUAGAGGAGAUGUCCUGAUUGACCUCAGCGCUGGUUCCAUGAUUCCCCAUCUAUAUUCGGCCUGUGAGUUUUUUAAACACAUCAUAAUACUAAAGGUCCAAGACAGAUGCAUCAUGGAGCUGAAGAGAUGGCUGGACACACGUACAGGAGCAUUCGAUUGGGGACAUAUCACAAAAAUUCAUGUAGAGAUAGAAGGAAAGAGUGCCCAGAUGCAGGACAAAGAAGGAAAAGUGAGAGAAGCCGCUCAACAUGUCGCAAAAUGUAACCUCGAGAAAGAAAAUAUAAUGGAUCCGAUAGUCUUACCACCAGCAGAUUGUAUCAUCAGCGUUGCGCUCCUAGAAACUAUCAGCAAAGACCAAGAUGAUUACAGGAGAUAUCUCAGGAAGUUCUCACAGUUACUGAAACCUGGAGGACACCUCUUGCAAAUUGGGCUCUUAGAUAUGACAUAUUACACGGUUGGGGAAGACAAGUUCCCUACUUUCCCUUAUAAUGAGGAAUUUUUCAGGAAAGCUCUAGUUGGAGAAGGAUUUGCUAUUGAUAUCUGUGUGAGUAAGAAGGCAACAGGUAUAAGUCCCCUCAUUGACCAUAAGGGUGUCAUAUUCAUUUCAGCUCACAAGGAAAAAUAGGUCCAGAGUUUACCUUUUUUUUUGCCUACAAGAUUUGUUGACAAUCCUGUUUUUGUGUCUAGUGCAUUAUGUACGGAUAUGGUAAUGUGGAAGAUAAAAGCAA